AUGAGCCGUGCAAGCAUAGAACAGGCGCUUACGGGCUUAGUCCCUACACUAAGCGGGCCUCUGCCCCCAGAGCUGAUUGAACUUGCCCUAUCGCUGCUCACGCGCUCGCAAACAGUCGCGACGUCGUUGAAGUCGGACGAAGAAAUCGCACGGCCAUAUGCAUGUGCGCAACUAGCCUGCGAAAGACUCAAGAAGCGUCUCAACCUCCCCUCAAUCACAUCCCGGCCGCCCUGCCCCCCUCGCAUAUACAAAAAGCUAUACAACUACCUCAGCAGUGCACUUCCAGACUCGUUCGCAAACUCGGAGCCCCAAACACCGCGUAAGAAGGCUGUACCGGCCCCCGCCGCGUCAGUACGCAACACACCAAAAACACCAUUGAGCACGAAGCGAGGCCGUGAGAGUAAUGCAGAGCCCCCUGAGUGGGUGGUACCUGCUAUCCGAGCAUUGGCAAAGGCAUUUGAAUAUCCGGCAGUGAUACCACACGUGUAUACUGGAGUAGAAUCCAUAUACCCUCUUCUCGCCCGCAUGUCUGCUGCGGCCGCGGAGUCGCCCAGCAAGCGUCCCAAGCGAGCCACAGCCAGUGCACUCUCUUCCGCGGACGUCAGCGACACACGGCUUCUCGGUCUUAUUGUUGUUGUAUUUCUGCUCGUGUUCUCGAGAAUGAGAGAUGUCGAUGUGUCGGUGGAUAAGUACAACGAGUGGCUGGUCAAGGCAACAAGCACCGUGUUGAAGAACCCGUCGGCGCAGCAUGUCACGUCCGAGGAGCUCGUACCGGUGAUAGAACAGACAAUGGCUAUGGCGAAGGAGGAAGGCUGGCUCCAGAUGCAGUGGUUCGAGAGCGUGAAGCCCGUGGCUGAUGGAGAGGAGAUGGAAGGUGUCGAAAUGACUGGCAAUAUGAAUGUCAAGUCAGGAGCGCUGCAUCUCCGGUCUGGAAGCCCUUAUAUUGGCCUGGGGACCAUGAUGCAAGACGCGACUGAUUAUCUUGGGGAGCGACAGCAAGAAGACUAUGCAAAGUGGAAAGCCCAGAUCCUGGCCCGCGUAGAGAAUAUUGAAGCUGCUUAGACACGGUUCAUCCUGGGCCGCGGUAUUUGGAAAGAAUGAGUCGCUUUCGGGUAUGGCCAACCUGGCCUACCACCAGCAUCAUGUCACUGAACCCGACAUUGUGUCACUGGGACAAGAUGAUUUUGACGAAGAAGCAAGACCAAAAUCCAUGAAGAGACCAUAUAACAUAAAUAUUCUAAAUCCC